AUGCCCAGUUUAAGACAACAUCUGAAACAAAUCCUAGCAGUGGCCGAGGCCAGUGAUAGCGAACAACCCCAGGCGAGAAUCAGGCUAAGAGUGGAGAAGGGAACAAAAGCAAGACCUAAAACCCUCCUCCCAAACCAAGACACGAGAUGGAGCCGAACACUAACAGGGGGGGGAACAGAAUGCCCAGUAGCCGACAAAGUCAGCCUAAUGUUAUGCAAAGGCCUAGAAAGAUGGUUUGCGGGAUUCAUUCAGCAAGACGAAACGGGUUCAGCAUUCAUGGAAGGGGGAUGCACAGCAGAAACGAUAGCGGCAACCAACGGGUUAAGGGACAGCAGCAGAUGUCCGUACAAUCCGAACAAGGAAAAUUGGCAGUUCUAUGACUUGACAACGGAGCUGUCAGUGGGGAAAGAGGAAACGAAAACCUUUAUAGCAUGUCGGGAUAUAAUGACAAUAUUCCUGACAGGAUUAGUGAAUAUAGACCAACAAGGGGGAACAUGGAUAAACACAACAUCCCAUCUUGAGCCAUGCCAGACUCUAUAUCAGUGGUAUGAGGAAUGGGGAGGUCAGAAGGCAGCGAAGAUGAUAAUGCAGUUACUUUUCCCUACAACAAGAAGGUUAAAACUAGCAGGAAAUCCACUGGAGAUGAAGGAGCAGAAGGCGGACGAAUGGUGGGCGAAGCUCCUGAAAGGAGUCCCCCUCAUCGUUGAUGGCUUACAGUGUUCACGAAACGACGAAGAAAAGGAGACCUAUAUCACUAGUUGUGUGAAAUAUAGACAAGAUCAGGGUUGUAGCAGUAAUCCGCCGCACUCAUGGGAUCCGAACCAAGCCCAACAGGGAUUAGUUCUUGAAGAAGGGCAAACCCUGGAUCAACUAAGUCAGAAGCUGGAGAAGGUAAUCCAACAACAAAUAGUUCAGGACCCGGUCAAUCACAACCAAAACCUGGGGACUUUGGAACUAGUGAAGGGCAUAGUAGGAGCAGGAAUUUCUGGAGGGUUUAUCCCAUUAGUUUGGUACAUGUGGAAGAGGAUAUUCAGUAGACCCACCAGAGUAGAACCACAAGGAACCAGAAGAUUGGGCUAUAGGAACAGGAUCUUCGAAUAG